AUGGCUGCUUCAUCGCCAACACCAGAGCGAAGGACUAGCUCAGACAGUACUCUGGAUGUUGAAAGAGAUGGAGUAAAUGCAGGCACCAACGACCAUACAGCUACCGAAACGAACCCCAAUGGAGCCGAGACUGCGCCGGCCGGCAGCAGCCCGUCCCCCGGUGCGCCUGGGGCCGAUGAUCCCGAGGCCGGACGGACCAAGUCGGAGAACAUCUUGGUCAUGAGUGCGCUGUGCCUUGCGCUCUUCCUCGCCGCGCUGGACACGACGAUUAUCACCACAGCGGUUCCCACCAUCGCCAAUGAAUUCAACUCAAGCCAAGGUUAUGUCUGGAUAGGAAGUGCCUAUUUGCUGGGCAACGCCUCGUUCGUGCCGACAUGGGGCAAGAUCUCUGAUAUCUUCGGCCGCAAGCCUGUUAUUCUUGCUGCGGCCAUCAUCUUCUGGAUUGGAUCUCUGCUAUGUGCUGUGAGUGUCAACAUGGGCAUGCUCAUCGCGUCACGAGCGAUCCAGGGUAUCGGUGGAGGUGGUCUCAUUGUGUUGCCCAACAUCGCUAUUAGCGAUCUCUUUUCCAUGCGAAACCGUGGCAUGUACUUUGGUAUCCUCGGUAUGGUGUGGGCGUUGGCCUCUGCUGUUGGGCCCAUUCUCGGCGGUGUCUUCACUAGCAAGGUCACUUGGCGAUGGUGUUUCUACAUCAACCUUCCCAUCAGCGCCGUUGCAUUUGUUAUUCUCGUCUUCUUCCUGAAGCUGCACAAUCCUCGCACGCCGAUGAAGGAGGGCCUCCUAGCGCUGGACUGGCAGGGCAGUAUCCUUAUCAUCGGUGGUACUAUCAUGUGGUUGCUGGGACUCGAAUUUGGCGGCGUUUCUUUCCCCUGGGACUCUGCCACGACCAUCUGCCUCAUCGUCUUUGGUAUUAUCACCGUUGGGAUCUUCCUUGUAUACGAGUGGAAGGUUGCCAAGAUUCCUGUUCUUCCUGUCCGGCUCUUCAACACCCGGAACAGCUGCGCUGCUUACGGAGUUGGCUUUACUCACGCGUUCGUUUUCAUGUCUGGUAGUUACUGGCUCCCUCUUUACUACCAGGGUGUUCUCGGUGCCUCGUCGCUGCUUUCUGGUGUCUACCUGCUCCCAUAUGUCUUGGCUCUCUCGUUCGUCUCGGCUGCAGCUGGUAUCUUUAUCAAGAAGACGGGCAAGUACAAGCUCGUCAUUGUGCUCGGUCUGAUUAUCAGCGUUGUUGGAUUUGGUCUGUUCAUCGACCUCGAGCCUCGCGCCAACUGGGCCAAGAUCAUCGUCUUCCAGAUCGUUGCUGGUAUUGGUAUCGGUCCCAACUUCCAAGCUCCUCUCAUCGCCCUCCAGACCAACGUCGAACCUCGAGAUAUUGGUUCUGCGACCUCAUGUUUCUCUUUCAUUCGCCAGCUGGGCACUUCCAUCUCUGUCGUGGUAGGUGGUGUCAUCUUCAACAACGAGAUGGAGAAGCAAUAUCCAAAGCUCGAGUCAGAGCUUGGCCCUGAGCUCGCCAACAGACUCUCCGGAGCCAACGCAGCGGGCAGUGUCGAACUCGUAGGUUCGUUGACCGGAGAAGACGGUAGAGUAGCAAAGACAGCGUUUUGGAACAGUCUGCAAACCAUGUACAUUGUGUACACAGCCUUUGCUGGUCUGUCUCUCGCUAUCAGUCUUUUCAUCAAGCAAGUCAACCUUAGCAAGGAACACCAAGAGCACAAGACUGGUCUCAAGUCGCUUAAGCGACGUGGCGAGGAAAAGGAUGAAGCUAAUGAGGGAGAAGGAGUUACUGCAGGUAACGAGAAGACCACGGAUAACUAA